GGCACUUGGGGGAAAAUGGCACUUGAGGGGGCAUAUGGCUCUUGUGGUGGGCAGGUGGCACUUGCUUAUCCCAUCUCAUCUUCUCCUCAUCCACUAUCUGCCUCUCCACAGUCGAUGUGCCACACUUUUUCAGCCGUGUCUCACAUCCACACUAAUUUUAUUUAGUUGAACUUCCACAACAUGAUCAUGGUAUAAUAUUUCUCCCUUUUUUUUCGAGAAUUUCUGUGGUGGACAGGAAACAAUUUAUCUAUUCCAAAGUAAGUUAUUGAAAUAAUAUUUCAUACAUGCCACUGAGGAAGGGGACAGCGUCUUCCCGAAACGCGUCUGGCGUAGGACCUUGGAUAAAUACCCCGCUUUCAUGAAUUUAAGUGCACUUUGAAGAAAAAGGAACUUUUUCUAUCCCAUUAAAAAAAGACCUGAAGAAGGUACGUGAUCCUCACACCAAACCGGACCUUGAAACCAGCGGUGAGAGACACGUGGGACGCGACUAACUCCACAACCGGGACGCCGGCAUACAGUGUGGAGUACAGACCUAUCCGCAAGUCCCAGCAAGUUACAGGCAAAGGUAAGCCCACACAGUGGGUAAAGAUUCGUGAUGUGCCACAUAACGAUAAUGGGGAAAUAACGAACUGCAUUAGGAAUAUAUACUAAGGACUUUUGUCACAGCGAUUCAACCUGGAUUCUAUUAUAACAGUUUCCUAUGGAUACAAAAAAGACUGGUUACAUUUUGCAACAGUUCUUUGCGGAUAUAAAAAAGAGACUGGUUACAUCUUGCAAAGACUACCAAAUACAGAGGAAACUUUGUCUAUUCGCAACACUAUUCCUAGAUGUCUACAGAAUCUGACAGUAGAGGCCCACCAAGAAGGCGCCGCCGUAUUCAGCGUCCUUCGUCUCUAUCAUCUACAACAUCCGGCACACCCACUGUGCCUUCAUAGUCACCAAGGGGAGGUGGACAAAGCAGGGACCAGGAUCGGCAAGAAGAACCUUCGCCUACAGCCGCCCCGAGUGGCUCCGGAGCAACCUCAAGGCCUCCAUAUAUAACUGCUAGCAGCACUCGGGAGCCUGAGACCCCUCUUGAGGCGGAACCGGAAAGGAUCGACACCCCCAGCCCUCCUGUCCCUCAUGCAGUGGCUCAGGACAAUCAGGGUCCCCUAUCUGAUCCCUCCGCUCAACAGAGGCCCUGAUAAGGCAAGAAGCAAGAAAAGAAGCUGCACCUAUGGAUCAGUUUGAUUCAGAUUUUUAUCAGUCUGAUUACGUUAUUGAAGACGCCGAUCAAGGACUUUCUGUUAUUGGGCAGAGUAACGUGUAUGGGGAGAAUAGAGCAAGAAAAGCAGAAUUUCUGCAAUCGGGAAUGAUUUUCUCUCCUCUGAGUCAAACCGGGUAUGUGUAUGAAGAGCCAUCAUACCCAUCAUAUCAUUUCCAGACCAAUGACGGCUUUGAAGAUGAACCGCCGUUGCUGGAAGAACUGGGUGUUAAUUUUGAUCACAUAUGGCAGAAGACUUUAACAGUCCUGAACCCAUGGAAGCCAGCAGAUGGCAGUAUUAUGAAUGAAACUGACCUGACAGGCCCUACACUGUUUUGCUUUGCCCUUGGAUCCACACUUUUGCUGGCAGGAAAGAUUCAUUUUGGCUAUGUGUACACAAUGAGUAUACUUGGCUGCCUGGGAAUUCAUGCUUUAUUAAACCUGAUGAGUAUCACAGAUGUCUCUCAUGGAUGUGUUGCCAGUGUCUUGGGUUACUGCCUUCUGCCUAUGGUGAUACUUUCCUGCUUUGCCAUUUUGUUUUCUCUACAGGGAAUCGCUGGUUCGGUCUUAGCUGCUGCUGUAAUUGGAUGGUGCAGUUUUUCAGCUUCGAAAAUAUUCAUCACUACCUUGGCAAUGGAAGGACAGCAGCUCCUAGUAGCAUAUCCUUGUGCCUUGCUUUAUGGACUUUUUGCUUUGCUAACUGUGUUUUAAAAAAAAGUAUGCUAUGCACUGGAGUAGCACUACACUAUGUGGACUGUUAAUCUAAUGGUAUCAUAGACUUUAACUGGAAGCAUGCCCUGUUCUUUUUACUAGAAGAAUACAAUGGGUUUUGGGGCUGAGUGUCUAAAGUUGCAGGGCUAGUUUAGCUGAAUGUAAUGAUAGCUUUCACUUAGCGAUCCACUGUUUCUGGAGAAAUAGUGUUUUUAAUCCACAUGCAAAUGAGCAGUUAAGUGCAGAGAGGGUGGGCCCAAGAAACUUUGGGCACCCUUGCUCCUUCAGCUUUCUCUGCCAGCCCAUCCCUCUCCUUCUUGAUUAACAGGGCCAGGUUCUUGCAGUCAUCUCAUCUGACCCUGUUAAUCAGUAAGAGAGAGGAAGGCAGAGGGGAAAGGGUGCACAGCGUGGCUUGCGCACGCCCUGGGUGCACUCAACUGCUCAUUAAAAGUACUUUUUCCUCCAGAAUGAAGCAAUGAAUCACUAAGUAAAAUGUAUCAUUGCUUUCAGCUGAACUAGCCCUACAAGACAUUGGAGGAGAUUUAUCAAAACUGGUGUAAAGUAGAACUGGCUUAGUUGCCC